AUGGUGCGGCCUGCAGUCCUUCGACGAAAGUCACCCGAAGAAAUGGAAUUCGAAAAGAUUAUAUCGACCGUGAAAAAAGUUGAUAGACGCUCAACCGUUAUUACUGCUUUGCCGCGUUUGCCCCUCUUUUUAGAACCCUUCCGCGAUUCUGAUUGGCUACAGGCAACUGAGUGCUUCAGCUCACCCGACUGGCCACAGUGUCCAACUGGUCAGUCACCAGACGCGUUUGUGACCUGCUAUGUGAAUGCCGCCCUUAUUCGAAGAUUGGCAGCCUCUGAAGGCGACACACCUGCCUGCCAGCUUUUUCUUGACCUGCUUGAAUUGCACUCCACCUCUCCUCUUUCCGAAGAGACUUGCGCUCACGUGAAGCGCGUCGUUUUGGGAGUUUUCAUUGAGGACGCUGAUUUGAGCUGGCAACCGAAGAUCAGGGUCCUAGUAUUCCUUGUCCGCUUACUAAUUAGAAUGAGAGCAACCGAUGUGGACACCUUCGCUCUUCUACUUCACUGCAUUGCUGUUGUAAGGGUCCUCCAUUUCUCAGAUAAAGUCCUUCGUACUAUAUUGUGCCAGUCGCUAGAGGAGGCCGGCGUUCCUGAUACUCGGGGCUUCCUUUCUGAUGAGCUGCGGGAUAUGCUGGAUGUGCGAAGGAUUCUUGUGCCACAUACAGUCGAUCACACCGAACAAGACAAAGGAGAGACGUUGAGCCUUGCUGAAACACACUCCUUGAUGUCUUUUCUACGAAAGUGGCUGUUUCACUGGAUUGUGGAGGCGAAACUGAAACUUAAAAUGGCCUCAUUAGGGGUAAGAGUCACAAUACAAGGCAUGUUUUUUAAAAGUAAACUUGGAAUUUCGCUGUAGCUACUUAGCAGGGAAGACUACCUAACACCAGUAAGAGAGCAAGUUGGGUUUCAAAGGACAAGAAUCUCGCUCUUCUCUAUUACUGCUGCGUCUUUCAAAAAAGAGUAGUAUUUUAUCCGACUGCAUCGUACGAAAUGAUCCUGCAGUUCGACAGAGUUUCCAAGGGAAUUUUGAUUAGUCAGAACCUAAUCCUGAUCUUAUUCAUAACUUUAAAGAGACUGUUUGUUGGGCACUACUGAACUCUUUCUGCCUCGGCCUGUCUGCAAAUAUUUACUUACUGUAAAGGAAGACGUUUGGAUCUAGGCUGAGCAUGUGCACAAAGAUUACAAUCUCAGCGAUAUAAACAGGCCCUACAUCGUCCCCAUAUAAACACGCUGAUGAACUCCCGGCCUAUCUGCCGCUACUUUACGAAAAUUUCCUAUCGGGAAGGGAAUUUCUGAGACGCAAAUCAAAGUUAACCAUUUACGGUGUUCCUAAAUCACAACAAGCUAAGAAGCAGGUAACGAAAAACCUUCACGGCUCAUUUUAACAAAAAAGAUGAUAACGCGGCAAUUUUUGUCACGUGAAUUAGCUUUUUAAGUUAAACUACGAAAGAUGUAGCAGCAAGAAAUGACAAUUUCAGUCACUUUUGUCUCUGUCGGUACUCCGUUCAGCAUAUAUUUCUGGUCGCUAUGCGACUGCCUUCGUGGACUCUAGAUUGAGUCCCGAGGCACAACUGUACAAACGUGUCCCGAAUAAUUUUGAGCCUGAUCAGUCGUAGCAUUAGCGUUUAACGAUUCGAGUCUAAAUGAUAAUUGCUUUCCGCGUAAGGAAAAUCACACACUUUUCUGUGCUUUUAAAAAGAUACCACAUAGAUUUCGUAAAAUUUCGCAAUGGACGCAGACCAUGUGUUCAUUUCAUGAACAACAUUUAUGCACGAACAGGUGCAAUGCUGUAUGAAUGGACAUUGCACGGUCUUAAAACUCAUAAUUAGAAGUUUUUAAAGCCAAAGUGUAUCCUUUUUCCUGAGCAUAGCAUGUAAAGAUAGCGUGAUUUUCUGCAAAACGAGUUGACGAAAUCAUGUUUUAUGCAUGUUCUUUAUAAUUUAUAUUUGAAUUUAUAAGACCACCGGAAAUCAUGUGAAAACUGCAUGCUAUUUAUGUAGUCAUUUUUGUCGGGUACGGUCGAAAAGAGGUACAUUCAAAAGCUGAAAUCCAGCCGGGUCAGAAAUAUCAUAAGAUUAUGCUGCACAAAAAUGAAUAUCACAACCCUACCUAAGUAAACCUUGCUAGUCGAAAACGCAUUUUAGAAUUUCGGCCGAUAUUUCAUGCGAUCGGUCACUCACUGUAUUUCUGAUCCCUAUGCGACUGCCUUUGUGGACUCAAGAUCGUGCCCCAAGGCACAAAUGGAAAACCAUGUCCUGUAGCUCGAUCGGCGAACACAAUAUCAACAUUUCCCAUGGUUUUCGUGAAUUAAUUUAGUGAAAAAAACCAGUGCCUUAUUAUGCAGUCUUCUUAACCUACAUGCUUUGGAGAGCGGCUUACAAUUAGGCUAUUAUGCAAGGUCGAGCUCCAUUAAAAAAUGCAAACUUUCUUUGGUGGACUUCUAUCCAUCUGACCAUACAUUCUGUACCUGCAGACACUCCCCUUUUACCGUUUAUAUGCCAUUAUAUAUGUCGUAUAUGUUAACAUUGUGGGCCAUGUUAAGUCUAUCUAUUGUAAUUGCCCGCCUGUGUUUAAGACGUUUGUUUGGCAAUCCCAAGAGAAACUUGCCUCAGAUUAUAUUGGACUCGCAGUCCAGAUCUGAAAUAAGGGAAUGAGAAUUUUUCAUGCGGUUAGAAUCUACCUGUGACUAAGAUAAUUUGCCUGUUUUCUCUAGUCCACUUUGUGAAAAUGCUGUUUAUACUUAUCUGUAUAAUAAGAAUCAGCUAAAUUCUUUGGUUACCUUUAAAAAUAAAACGGGGAACGCAAUAUCCCGACACGACACGCUUGUAAUAAUAUGCCUGCUAUUCUAAGCUCAGAAUAUAAUUCAAAAUCUACACAGUUGAUUUUGCGAACAUGGGAUUUGCUGUUGUUCUAAAAAGGCUUCUUCCAGAGAGUAACUGUGCAGGCGCAGUUUUUCGCAUUCGCAAAACCUGCUACAAUAUUCGCCACACUGAGCAAACGUCUAGUCAUAUAUUGUGCGCAAAAUAAAUCCACGUAUAAGACUGGUAGGUAAAUAUUGAAAUUGUUGUUUAAAAUGCCUGCAUGUCUCACAAACGUACAAUGUUCGACACGAUGUAAUUUAAUCAGUGCUUUCUAUCAAGUUCACUUCAGAAGACAAAUUACAAAACGUAUUGGGCAAGUAAGGCAAUAUGAGGGUGGUAAAUUUCGCUGGUCUUUUUGCGGCAGGUCCCUAGUAAUUUUUUUCAAGUAGAAGCUCUAAAUUCCGGGGAAAAACAAAUGUAGCCUCCAGCGUAAAAGCUGUACGCAGCAACAUAAAAGUGCUGGAGCCGUCUUUUUAUCGGGAGAAAAGUUUCGUAUUUUUUUAAAGUUGGCCGUUCCAGUUUACGAACUACAUAUGAGGAAGUUUUCCCGUAGGUCAGUUUUUAAGCCGUUUUAUGGCUUUAUACCUAUUUUAACGUAUAAUGUUGAUUAUAUAAGAGAGUAAGUCGAGUGAAUUGCAUGAUUUUGCUGUUGCUGUGCACAUCUACAGGGCCUAGCUGCAAAAACCUCCCAAUUGAGGCAAGGAAAUCAAAAUAAGUGCCAAUCUAGGGGGAAUCAAUGUUUCUUCCGAUGCUAAGGUUUCUAUAACGUGCUCAGAAAUGUCCUAAACUGGUUAUUUGCGUACAUGUCCCAAAGCCGCUAGCUACCCCAAUAAACAAGACACAUUUCAUUGAGUUGUCGAUCAUACACUAAGCCUUCCCUGCUGCGGUCAAUGACCUUUCGGGUCUACCGUUGUAGCGACUAACAGUGCUUUGACCCUGAACUGUAACUGACUCCUCAGCAUGCGGAUCAAACUGACUUAGAUAAUAGAGCUGCAUCAAAUUAAAAUUAGUGAGCUCCAGCGACAAAUGAUUUUGGCCGGUCGACCAGUCAACGGGAAACCACUGAUAAGAUGGAUUAAUUUUCAAAAUGAAGACUGCGGACCCCAUGGAACCUGGGCGCAUUCCCUAUUAUAACAAAUCUGACGUGUGCGACUCUAUCACGACGUGCUUAUCCUUGUGACCUUGCCAAAUGAGGAUAUAAUUCGGACUUCGCAGUCAGCCUGUGUGUUUGGAGUGACGGACUGACGGACCAGCAGUCAGGCCCAGUGGCCAUAAUCGCACUCUCAGACCAGUGCGUUCCGAACCGUCCAUCACCUUUAUGUGAAAGUCUGGUGCGUUGUACGAGAUCCAAAUCAUGUGUGACACCCCCAGACAGGGCCCUUUAACCCUGCCAACCGCUUGCGCCGAAUCCCAAAAUAAGCUGCACUGGUGCCUCGAAGAGAUGAAAGACGGAGUGGGAUCAAAUCCGGGUUUCGGUCGCCCGGGGCUUAAGUCAACGACAUUUCGUGUCUGCCAUGGUAGCGACUAACGGUACUCUAACUUCGGACAGAAAAUGGGUCCUUAACGUGCAGACUUGUACAGUAGGGCCGCAGCAGCUCAGUCUUCCCAGAUCUAUCAGGGGCGUGCGCGCUCUCAGCGACGGACAACACUGAAUGACCCACCAUACGCACCACACGUGACUCUUCGUCUACGCCCACACUCCUAAGGAUUCUGUGAGGAGAGAUAUCGAGACUCGCAUAAGUGUGAAUACAUUAAGCAGGAACCACUGAAAUUUGGCCGCAUUUCUAGGUAGACCCAUGCUGGCCCGUCAGCCGGCAAUUUUCCCAACCCCGACGGGUAGCGCAUCGAGAUGCCUUUAAGGCACACUUGGCUUGUAAUAAUGAAGAAACCAGGCGCUUAACUCAUGCUUGACCGAUCUCGCUCUCUCCAUCUUACGGAGAAGCUACUGAAAUCUGCCUCUGAUUUCAAAGAAAAACCGCUUUAUCUGAUCAGUUGCCUGCCUCCCAAGCAGUGAACUGAAGUGCGUCUCUACUGUCUAGAGUGCGUCUGAUCUAUUAUCGCCACGAGUUCUUGGGAUUUCCACCCACUUUCCCCAUGCUCCUCUCAACCCCUACAUUGGUAGCCAGUACGAGUCUGUCAGCCAACCGAGGCUGAGACUCAGUGCAGUGACUGGCCCUGUAUGAGCCCGACCCUCUAUCUACUUCGUGUAUGUACGGCAGUGAACAAGAAUCCAUACGGACUGAGCGUAGCACAGCUAACGCACGUCAUGAGUAGAGUGUCCUCCGUAUUGGUACGACGCAGCCCGUUUGGCAUAAGUUACAAGUUGGCUCACUUAGCCAAACAUUUUCGGAUACUGUUUUGCCAAGUUCCCCCGCACUAGACUAAGCACAACUGUUGAACAGAAGUGUCCGCGGAGAGAACCUACUAUGGUAGGGGGCGCUCACCGAUCGUUCUUGCAGAACUCACUCAUUCCGUUGUGCCUUAAGGGCUCUCUCUCGAGCCCAACCAGCAACCGCACAUCGGUGCAUAAUAUAGGCAGUAUGUUGUUAUCGACAAAGACAAGGGAGACUGGAAUGGCCAGUUCUGGCUUAUUAGCCGUUGUCAGCCAGUCAUAACCAACCCCGAAAUGUGGAACACCUGAGGCUCGAACUCGCGACCUGUUAGUUAGAAGUCCACGCCUCUAACCGCUGUGUAGGCCGCCAAAAAUGUCCCUAACUGUCUAAAAGCCCAUAGAUCAUGGGCCUAAGCGUCGGGCUUUAGUCGACGACAUUUCGUGUACACCGUGGUAGCAACUAACGUUUCCUUAACUGAAAACGACUUCUUAGAGUACAGACCACACUGGCUUAUGCAACUGAAUUAUAAGAGAUGAGCAAUGUUAGGCUACAGCUAGAAAUACACUUGGCGAUGUGUCAAGAUGUGAGAGGCGAGACUGUCCGGACACUCCAUUGCCCACAUGUGGCAGACGAGCCAAAGAACGCUGGAAGGAUAGACGAGUAUUUAUGUGGGAGUUGGUGACAAAGAACGAGCUCACGGGAAAGGUAGGGGAUAUGCAAAGGCUCCUGAGAGCUCAUUCCUAUCCGUUUCAGGGUUUUAAAUAUUAUACCAGGUUUCGUCACCUUUUGGCACGUUACGGGUCGGCAAAUAAAGAAGUUAUUCUUAAAAAUGAGCGCUGAACAACGGCACCCUUGAUCAAUUUUUUUCAUAACGAAACAGGAAAUUUCUGAUGAACGCAACGUCGCCUAUGGUGCUUACUGUACAAUGUAGUCGAUCACCUGAAUCUCUUCGAGACAUCGAAACAGAAGAACCAGUGUUUGGAAUACAACUGAGGAAGGGAUCAUAACGAAUUUCACUAAUGUCAUUGUCUAGGCUGAUGGGGGCCACUUUCAUAGUGGGUAGCAAUAUGGCAGUUAGUGAAAACGAACUCGUGAUACUCUGAGAACACCUGGUAGCAAUCAAAACUAGACUGGGGAACUUUUUUUGCAGAUGAUAACGCAGCUUCUCGUCGAGCAAGGAUUGUUAAGGCCUUUAGGAUUCAGUUAGAUAUGAACUAUUCACUCCAUUGCGCGAACGCAAGACUUAAAUGCGAUAGACCAUACGCGGAUUUUCUGGAGCAAAAACUUAACCAGGCAGGGCUUCCAUCCGAACUGACAUACCUGAAUGUCCCCUCUAUCCGCAACUGGAGUGAACUACCGACUACUGUUAUCACUAAAUUAGUCGCCAGCAUACCACCGACGAUUGUAGAAUGACAGUGGCAAGAGUCGAGACAUCGGGUAAAUCAAAAGGUAUCAGGGUGAAAUUUUCACUUUAGAGCUCUAAACCCGUCUUUGCUUUUCCCUCUAUUUUGAAUUUUGAACAAGAAGACCCCUGUUUUAUUGAAUGAGUUUGCUUGGAUGCACAGUCAGGCUCUAGUAUGAGGGAAGGGGGACAUUUAUCUAAUGUGGUCUUAACAUAGGCUUGUAGUCAUUUUCUGAAAUCUUGAGGACUGAGUUGUGAAGGAAACCGAUCCCGUGAGGAAAAGCCUCAAACAAUUUAACGAUAAGCUUCGAUUUUAUUGCUAAAUUGCCCUCACUCAUCCGGAAAUUCGAUAAGAUAUUACGUAGCCAAUUAUGCUGCCCACAGUUCCCCGCCUUUAUUCCAAGUAGUAACGUACUCAGCGAAUGGGACGAGACCAGGAACAACGAUAAAAAAACACAAUGCAAUGGUUACUGUCCAGUUUGUGAGUAAGCAGGAAGUGUGUGAAAAAUCGUGAACAGAAGUCAGUAUCAGUAUCAGUUUAUUAAGGGAAAUAUAGGCAAGCGCCUUUGAAUGCCCUCUUGGUUACAAGUCGUCGGAGAAAAACAUUGAUAAAUGGGAAGGUGAAAAAGGGAUUUUGUACAUACUCGCGGACAGCUGGCAGCUAGCCGAAAAAGAGUAAUCAGUAAUGGUUACUUACUAAUUACAAGUAGUAUAAACACAUAUAAGAUGGUACCGGGUUAUGUGAGUGGAUGUGGGAGUGGUAAUUGGGAAGCUUGAUGCAGGUCAAGUCUACACUUGAAGGAGUUCACACAGGAGGAGGUUACAACAUCGUUAGGUAGGGAAUUCCAGGCUGCAACCACUCUGUUACUGAAAAAGGACUUUCGUCCAUUGGUUCUUGAUUUCCCUGCGCGUAGUUUUAGGGGAUGACCGCGCAAAUUGGGCGUGUUAGCUUUGGUGAAAUAAUCAGUGGGAUCUAAGCAACAGUCUAGGCCGUUGAUGAUGCGAAAUGUUAGUAUAAGGUCACCACGUAAUUGCCUGUAGGAAAGGGGAAACAGGUUUAGGAUUGACAGUCUGGUUUCAUAGGGCAGUGCUCCCAGACCUUGUGUCAUUUUGGUCGCCCGUCUCUGGACCUUCUCCAAGACGGUAUAAUCCUUGGCAGUCCAGGGUCUCCACGCCUGUAUGGCGUAUUCUAGAUGAGGUCGCACGAAGGUGCCAAAUAUUUUGGAAAAGCAGUCAGGGUCAAAACCCAUAAAUGCUCGCCUAAUGAGUUGCAAUGUGGCCGUAGCCGAUUUAGCCGCCUUCGCGCAGUGCAGUGUUGGUUUGAGUGAAGAUGUAAUCCAUACACCCAGGUCCCUCUGACUGUCAACCUGUUGCAGUGGUGUGCCGUUUAGAAAGUAGGUCCUGGGGCUGGGGGCUCUGAAGCCGCCGAGUUGAAGAAAGUUACACUUGCUUAUACUGAAGGGCAUAAGCCAGCGCUUCGACCAGUCUUCGAGCCUGUUCAAGUUUGCUUGCAGGUGGUCUGCGUCUGCCGCAUCGUGAAUAACUUUCCACAAUUUUAUGUCGUCGGCAAACAGGAUGGCAUCACAGUCUAGGUCCUUGACGCAGUCAUUUACGAAAACGAGGAAUAACGUGGGACCUAAGACUGAGCCCUGUGGGACGCCACUCACCACGCUUACAUCUGAGGACUGUUGACGCCCGACCUGCACUCUCUGGGACCGUCCAGACAAAAAGCUCUGGAUGCAUGAAUUUAAAAAACAUGCUUCUCUGACAGAUUUUUGCACUGUUUUACUGCUUUGCCAAUUAAUCUAGCAGCCAGAAAACGCGAAGGCAGCCGUGGCCAUCCCGCGAGCCCCAGGAAGGAAGGCGCAUCACAAGGUUCACCGAAAAAAAUCUCGUCGAGCAUCGCUUCAGGAGAAAGUAUCAAUAAACGCCAUCGAUGCUAUCCGGACCUUCUACUCGUGGAAAGAAGAUAAGUGCAAUGUAACUUUGCACGAGAUCUCCGAUGAAGCAAGUGAAAAGACUGUUGUGCCGCUCAAAGCGCCGAGGAAACCGAAGGAGCCUGUCUACCGCACAAUAGUGACGAUCAAAACACGGGUAUGUCAUUCGACUAUAUUCCUAUGAACUUCUUAAACUUUCAUCUAACGUGCAUCGAGUUCACCUUGACGAUAAUUGGUGUAGAAGCGGACAGACGAGCACGAGGAAACAGUAGUGAAGAAGGAGACACGAUCAUUGGGACAAGAGCUUUAUUAGCAUUACGUUUCGGAUUCCAGCUCGAACACAUCGUCAGAGACAAUAGCAGAUACGGGUGGUUCAUGCGCAAGGGACUGCAGUAUUUAUAGGAUUCUGUCGCCAUGCUAUCGCACACCUACGAAUAUCCAUGGCUCCCCCUUCAUCCGGGAUCGUCGCCCUUGGUGUCCUAAUUGUUUGAUGUCGACAUUCGCGCCGUUAAUUGCUACAAUUCCAUCACAGAUGUUGGAUGCUGGUGUAAUGAUUGCUCGACCAUUUGACCCCCCACCCCUGGCAUUGGGAACAGUGCGCUCCCCGCAUGGCUAACUACUACGCCUGAGCGAAGUCUCGGCACCUAGUAUGGAAGGGGAAGGUCGUUGCACUUGGCAAUAAACUAGGUACCAGUGAGCCGUGAUUCCAGCAGCUCGCGGCUCACACGGUUAUCACGACCAGCGAGAAUUUCGGCCUCAUUGAAUUUGAAUGUGUGGCCGGAUCUCGUCGAAUGAGCCGCCAAUUGAGAGCUGACGUCAUUUCUCCACACUGUUGUAGUGUGUUUGGCCAUUCGCGUUCGGGUCAGUCUUCCGGUUUCUUCGACGUAAUAGCUUUUGUCUGCAACUGCACCAGACUCGAUAAACGACUCCAGAAGUUUCUUGCCGUGAUAGCGGGUCUCUCGAUUUCAUUACCUGACGCCUGAUGGUUGCCUCCGGUUUGUGUGCAACUCCAACCCCAAGUGGUGUGAGAAGGCGGCCGACAGCCUCCGAAACGUUCUUGACAUACGGAAGCACUCACCAAAAUUUGAUGUCCGUGUGGUUUGGCCUUUUGUCCUUUCUGCGUAUGCACCGGUUUCGAAGUUGCGCAGGUAGCCAUUGGUUUUGAAGACCCAUCGAAGGUGUUGUAGUUCGGCCAUCUUGUCUUCCGCCUCACUGGAGUGCGUUUCGACACGCCAAUAGAGCGUCCUUACACAACUGCGGUUAUGGCUGUUUCGAUGGUUUCUGUUGAAGCUCAGUAGUUCCAUCGUAUUUGUUGCCCUCCUGAACAAGUUGGUUUUUAGGCCAUGAGUUUUCCAAAGCCAACAACGUAGAAUUAAUUUCGCGUGUCAGGGCUCGUUGCAAAAGUGGCAUAUAAUUGUCGGUCCUUCAGUAAACCUUUGGCUUUUUGAAGGUAGUCUGUCCUGUCCAGUGCGACCGUGGAGCACCCCUUUUCCACUAGCACGAUGAACAGGUCAUUGUCACCGCGCAGACUAAAGCAUGUCAUUAUAAGCCGACUACGAAUCGCGAGUAUGUGGUGAAAUGAACCGCUUGAAAGCCAGUGUGAUGGCUUAAUUGCAAAUUUUUUCGAGGAAAGCAGUCCGCAAUCAAAUAAUAUUAGGUCUUUAAACAAAAUAGGACUCACAUUUGGAAAGGUUGAGUGAAAAGAGAGAAAUAGAAUAAUGAUGAAACUACCAGGGAGAUUGAGAGAAUGAGAAAUAUAACUAUCCUAGUUGCCCUGCUAAAGCAAAACUGUCUCCUUGACGGAUAGCCAACUUUAUUCAGAAAAAGGAUAUUUAAAAGCUGGAUGCCCACUGAAGAGGCAUUUAAAUGCGUCCGGCGGUGUUAGCAAUAUUCGGCAGAUUUCUGAGCGCUCUGGGGAAACUGAUUUCACUGACGGUCACUGGUCCUCUCUUUAGCGACUACUGACCGAAAUCCUAUGAUAUGUAAGGCCUCCGACCAGAGGUACAUAAGAACGAAAUAAAGUUUUUAAAUUUGCAGGUAUUACAUCAAUCAGAAGCUACGACAAAGGUCACCAUGGUGAGUCCUAAAAUCUAAAUUUAUAUUUAUCACAACUACUAUCUGAACUCAAGUCUUGGGGACUAGGUUUAAACGAAUCAGGAUCGACAUCUCACUGCCUUCGCACACUGAGUACAUGAACUCGGGUUCUUUUCACUAAGUUUACCCUUCCUGUAGUUUGUUAACUCCAUGUGCAAAUUCUUCCUUCUAUGCCAACACAGACGGUGGGCGGAAAACUACCCGAAUGCGUCGGUUUCCACGACGCCAGUCGGCCAGCCUUUGCUAACCCCUGGCGCUCCUACUGCCAAGCCAUGCUGAGUCGUCUGCCACCUAUGCUGCACUUCCGACCUCCAAUGGUCACGCCAAUGCCCUUUGAGGAGCGCCGCGAGCGCCUGGAAUCUCUGUCAAAGGACAUUGACCGGGUCAGGCAACAGGUCGCUUCGCUGGUGUACUGGUUCCUUCCCGAAUUAUCACGAGUACUGCCCUGCCUCCUCGAUGGGAACAGUGCUGCUGAUCUGGGUACCAACACGCCUACUCGAUGGACAGUCAAUCAGAAACGGGUUUGUUUUCUGCGCGGGGAGCAGUCACGACUGGCUUUGUCAAUGGAACUGGACGACUGAGACCCUCUAUCACACUCUGUCACGUUGGAAAUAUAUACUUUGCAUAGUUCAUAUUCAGCAGGAGAGGGUUCUUCUCUGGUUAAAGGGGGCAGAGGUAGAAGUGAAAAACCGUUGUAACUCAAUAUAAUUCAUAGAUGGGUUGGCAGAUUUUUGAAUAAUUCAUAUUGACCCACCUGUGAAAAACUCGGCGCCUCGAUGGGAUUCGAACCCACGCAGUAAGGAGAAGGCUUUAGUACAGCCAACGCUCUAACCACUUGAGCUACGAGGCCCCGCCGGACGACGCGAGUUUAAUCACAUUUGGGUCAAGUUAUCCGCCAAACCUACUACAACGUCUGGAAUCCACCAAAAAUGAUACUGUAAGUUGAAUGAACAAGCAGGAUUCUCCAAGUAAUUCACCUAGAAUCCACCAGAUUACUACCAGGCUCGCGUAAUUCUUAGAUGUAUGUUGGGCGGGUAACUUGAGCCAAAUGUGAUUGAACUCGCGUCGUCCGGCGGGGCCUCGUAGCUUAAGUGGUUAGCGCGUUGACUGUACUAAAGCCUUCCCCUUACUGCGUGGACUCGAAUCUCAUCAAGGCACCGAGUUUUUCACAGUUGGGUCAUUAUGAAUAAUUCAAUAUAAACAAGCCAGCAUUGGUCUGAUAAAAAUGCUCAUUUUCUGUGACAUUCUCGUUUGAUGGCAUACCAAGCAGCAAUAUUUUUAGGCAUAAGCUUUGCAGCAUAUGAUAUUCGCUCAAUACAUAUUCCGUGCUUCAGUGUAAGAGACGGUAAUAGUGCACGCUGAAAAAACACAAACGGCUAUAUCGCGCCUCCAACAACACUAACCCCUACUACUACUACUACUACUACUACUACUACUACUACUACUACUACUACUACCACUACUACUACUACUACUACUACUACUACCACUAGUAUUACUGCCAUCACUAAUAUUACUAUUAAUGCCGUUAAUAAUGCAAUUAGUACCACUGAUGUUAAUAUUGCCACUGCUGUCACCAAUGCUAAUAGUGUUACUACCACCGUUAUUGUCAAUAAUGUUACUACGAGCACUAAGUUUGCUGCUAAUGCUACUACCAUCAUUACAAAUAUGUCUGCUACAGACGAGCUGUCGGCUCAUAGGACCAUCUCGACGUUUUGAUUUGCUGGUAAAAAGUAUAAUGCAAUCAGUCAUAUCACUGUCAUCAAGCCUAAAAUUAACGCUAUUGCUGAUGGAUUUGCUACUGCUUCUAAUGCAUACAAUACUACUACUGCAACUAUUACUACUUCUACUACCACUGAUACAACUACUCCGCCACUAGUAACAAUCGCUAUACCGAUUCUAUGAUCACUAACAUCACCAUUAUUCCUAAUACGUUCGAAAUCGCCAUGGCUGGUCUUUAUGAUGCUAAUAUGUAUGCCACUGCUAAGAUUCAUGGUAUAUCAUACGUUAUUUCUGCCAGUGUACUAACUGCCAAUCCACCUUCUAUGAUCCCUGCCAACUUAAUUGCUAAAACUAAUACCAAUCAUCAAGAGAUUUCGUCAUUUUCAUUUGAGAAUGAUUUUACCCACUUGACAAGCUAACAAGGCUUUCACGUUACGGUCAUCAUCUGACGCCUUAAACAACUUAUGUGGCGAAUGCCUGCAAGUUUAAUAAUUUGGAUUGAGUUUAGCACAAGCCUCUUCUAUGCGAAAUCUAACCCUGGUGCCCGUCAGCAAAAUACCAAAUUCCCCAACGCCAGGAUUUAGAGAGCACCCUAGCGGUUUCUGCAGCGUCUGGUGCUCGUGGUGGUUGAGUGCAAAAUGAUUUACACAAGCUGUUGUAGCCCGUGGAGUAGGCCGAAAAUAGGGUUUGAGUGGUACACGAGCAGAAAUGUAGUCGAACAACGCCUACUUAAAUAAAGGUAGUAAUGCGUCCUGCAUAUUAAACCUGUCCUAGUCACAUGCCAUACCCUCGCCGUUUCCUAACCAAUGACAGCUUGAUUUAUUACAGUCUGCUCGUGAGCAUUAAAGGGCGAACGAAGGCGACAGUUGUGAACUCUACUUUCAAAAAUCGAAAUACUGGUGUCAGCAAGACCUAUUUUCACUCACUCACGCCGUAGCAUACCGACUUCCACGACAUAUGUAACCGAGGACAACUUGGGAACGACCUAAGAAACCCAAUGUGCCUCAACGGCUCCAGGGUCCUCCAGUAGGGAAAUACGAGCGGUAAAACCAAGGGGUUUUCCGCAAACCAUCCUGGAAUCCGACUCGACUGAUGACAAUCCAACCGUCAGUUUACGGAAAAUAUGGUGAUGCUGACGUCAGAGACUUAUUUGGAAACACUACAGUAAACCCCAGAAAAGCCUUGUCCCCAAGUAACAAGGUCCAAUAUCAGGCUCACUUUUCGGGGUACACGGUAAAGAAUAAAAGAGCCCGUAUUUAGGCCUUCCUUCCCUCCGGUUUUCACUAAAUCAGGUGGAUAGCCCACACAUAGGACAGAAAACGAGACUGCCGGCCGCGAUUCCAGUGGUCUGCACAGGCCAUAAGUGCAUCCAGGCGGCGCCAAUCAUGCAACCAUGUAAUAUCCCCUGGACGUACGACGUUUCAAGCGGUGAAAGCGAUGCGAGCGGCGAGACCGACAGAGCAGGAUUGGAUGGGGCGAGGAGAACAAUUAAUUUGGUGAUAAUUGAUAAUUUGGCCUUCGUUAGUUUGCUCCAGCCGGUCUAGAUCGCCUAGACACAUCAUUUGCUUGCACAAACUCAAGGGGACCAAAGUGAACUUUAGUUGAGCAAAUUGCCCAGCUCGACGAACAGCUCAGUAUUAGUUUCCAUUAGGCACGCAAGACACCUAAGAAAGAGGCAUUUUUCAAAGAGGCAUCAGGAAAAUUGUAUAAAAGGAAACGACAGUGAAAGGGUCCAGGCGUCGGGGAAACUCUUUAUCAGUGGUUCUCCACUGUUAACAGAUGAGGAGCAGGUUUCCGUGAAUCAGUACUAACGAACAAGUCAAAGCCUUCGUCAUAAAAGACAGGUAGAAACGAACGUCAAAAUAACAGAUAACCGGCUGCCUUAAUUAAAAUGCAUGCAGGAUAUAAAAUCCAAAAUAGCACACAGAGAGAAAGACAGUGCUGAAAUCGGGAAUAUAGGAAGUCUCCGUGAAUAGUUGAAUAAUUUAGUGUAGAUGUGAUUCGUAAUGCUAGAUUAACAGGUCUGUCCUGUCCUGCCACCUACGAGAAUUUUCAGGUCGAAAACGACACUAGAUAGCAUUAUUACUUUGAGCUGCUUAUAUGUGCGCGAAAAUGACAGACAUGAUAUAUUAACGAUCGGAGCACGUAUAGGCACUGAAUGCUACAGAGGACUCAUAAUGGACAGUCUGUCUCUUUAAUAAUAUAUCAGUAUGUAUGCGUGAAUGACUGCGGAUAUUUAUAGGAAACGGUUGGCAAUAUCGAAUUCAGAACUAUGCGGAAAGCCAGAGCAGGUUCACCCUCUACUUGAUGUCUGUGUUGUACACACUAAUGCCUGUUAAUUCCUUUGGAAAACGGAAAUCGCAGCAGAUGCUGAGAAUAUGCAUUCUGAGGAGGAGGUUAGUAAAUUCCAUAAUUGGAACUGCUGAAGGAAGUCUGUGGAGCUGUUCUUCAGCGGCCAAAGAAUUUCGUGCAAGGACAGCUGGUCAACGAGGAAAGCAGCUUGUCCCCAAAUAGUUGAACAGAAGCAGGCGGUAAAGUGAUCCUGAACUGAUUUAUUCACUGUGUUUCCGUAGCGUCAAAGCGGUGUGAGUGUGUGGUCAGAAUGCUACAAUCAUCAGGCCAAAUCUCGGGUUGUAGGAAAAGACAGAAGUUACCUGAUUGAGGGGUAUAUUGCAUGCAGAAUCCUGAGUUGUCCUCUCAGGCGCAGUGGCCGCUGGCAAAGGCAGAGCUGGUGCUGACUGCAUCUGACAAUUCGUGAGGCAGUUAUGGCAGCCGCGUUUGUAGGCUUGUGAAUGCAAUCUGAAGUCGUGUCUAAUCGGUGUGUUGCCUUUGCCGAAGGGUGGUGUUUAAGUGGCUACGCUAUAUCCGCAGGGGAGUGGGAUGUUCGAGUGGUGCAUGGGCAGAUGCGACCCCGUGGACGCACGUGCGUAUGGGUUGAAAUCCUUCGAGUGGCUCCAAGCCGGAGAGUCUGAAAUCACAGGUGACGGAGGUAAAUGGUCUUCACGCAGAGGGACUCUUAACAAGGACGUCAGACGUGUCCAUGCUGGCUAUCGGCAACAGUUCCAAGAGUACAGGUUUGAUGAUGCUACAUGCACACGGCUAAUAAUACGGGCAGGGUAAAUAAUAAGUUUUAUCACUUGUAUCCAAACUAUUCUCGCACGUCACGAUGAUACCGACGGUGAUAGUUCGACCAUCAGUCCGACGCUGACCACCGUGUGCUCCACAGCAAAAUGGAACAGGCGCGGCGACCUGUGUGUGAAUUAGUUUACAGUGAGAGUAGAAUUGCGCAGCACCUACCACAGUCCAUCCUCCUUCACAUCUGCGUCCGGUGUCAAUAGGGAGUCAAGAAGACCGGGGGCAGGAGAGAGCGCAGGCGGCUGACAUGGUCGGACCAUCACCCAGGCGUACCACCACACCCCCUGGUCCACAGCAAACACUUGAUCAGGGUUUCAACUGACAUCAGAAAAUAGGUGGAUGAUUGAACAGGCAUGCGCACGACCUGUAUACCCAGCGGGAGCGCAAGCGCAUCUACCGGCAGGGAGCCAGGUGCUAGAGAACUGACAGCGCACACUAGGCUGCGAGUGUCACGGUUUGCUGUUCACGACAUGGCAGACGCUCAAAAACCUUGGAGUCCAGGCGGGUGACACACAGUCCCGCGUUUGCUUGGACCACCAAACUUAAAAUGCUGGCUAACCAGCCAGACAACGACUGAAAGGCACUACCCGACAAUUCGGCCGUCGAUUCCGACGAUGUCCACCGUGUGCUCCACUGGAAGGUAAAGCAGACACGGUGACUUGCGCGUUAUUUAGUUUAUAGGGGAGGUGGACUUGCGUAACAUCUACCGCACUCUCUCUCUCGUCCCCGCUCCCCACACGGACCCGCUGUCAAGGCAGAGUCAGGAAGACCGGGGGCGGGGGAGGGCUCAAGUGCAAAGGCCCUACCCGUUAAGCAAGACACACUCCUCACAUGCAUGAGAGUGCCCCAGGUCACCUUCAGGAGUCGUGACAGCCUAACUCCCAUGCCACGAGUCCACCAGUUUAUAUAAAUGCACACAACUGGGCAGACUGCGCGGACCGAGUUGAGUUGUCACAGGUUCCUCUCAGAAGGAGCUGUAACAGCCUUGCUCCCAGCCCACCACCCAACCACACACAACUGGGCAGACUGCGUGGGCUGAGUUGAGGCGUCAGUCGGCAGCCUUUCAAGCUACGGCGCUGGCGCACCAUGAUAGGCUCAGGCUCGGAUCACACAUUCAGUAGAGGAGCCGCAUGUAGACGGAACCAAGAAACACACUUCCGAUUGCAUCGGAGGUGGCAAUCAAGAGCUUGCACUGGUGUUAUUUUUGUGUGAUGUGGGUGCUAGUGGGGGGUGCGUGAUAACCGACGGUUGUGGAGCGCAGGUUUUCACGAAUGCGCACAUGACCUAUGAAGCCCAUGCAGUGGUUGAACGUGCGGAAGCAGUGAGGCGGCGGCGAGUGUAGGUUGUUACUUCAGGCACUGGUUCACCAGUCUCAAGUGAACGACCAGGCCGACGUGUGAAAUGAAUGUGCGAUUGCAAUGAGGACAGGUAGAAAACGAGCCCACAUCGUUGGAGGUGGGGAUGUCGGUGAUGUUUGAAGUUGAUGAAACGUCGGACUUUGUCCUGUCGGUUGGAUGUGUACGUGAAUAUGCGUAGGCGGUGAUACUGGCCGCCGUGAUCAAUGCAGGAUUUGGAACAGGACGGAUGGCGUUGGUGUAUUGUGACGGCAGGGCAGCGACAGUGUGAUCGGCGUUGACGACGGUGGCGGACGGCGCGGGAUUUGCGGCAGGGGCGAGAGUUGGAGAAAAGGUAAACGUUGUUGGGUUGACGGCGCACUCGGUCCGAAGGUGUCCCACGAGACAGAUUCGUGCGCGGAAUGUGCGUUGGAAUAUUGCAAUCGACGGAUGAUUAGCGCUAAGGAGGUGAGGCAAUUGGGAUUUGAGAGCCUCCGGUUUAGCUUUAGAAGCGGAAAUCGGAUUGAUUUCGUAGGUGGCUGCACCGGUCUUCACUUCUCGUCUCCAGACAGGUCUGUUCCGAGAGAGAUCCUCCCAGAUCUCUGGAUUGAUAUUUCUUACGAGAACUCCUCAAUGUUUUGGUCCUCCUGGUCGGCCAGCACAGGUGACGACACCACCGUAGAUGAGCUGUUUCGGCAGACGUGUAUCUCCCAUGCUCAAGAGAUGACCUGUUCACCGAAGUCGCAGUUGUCUCAGCAUGACGUGAAUGCUAAAGAGGCCGAUUCGUUCUGCGACUUCCGUGUUGGAGAUCCUGUCUUUCCACCUCAACUUUGGUAUUCUUCAAAUGCAGCUGAGAUGGAAGUGGUUGAGUUUCUUGGCAUGAUUGGAGUGGACGGUCUGAGUCUCCACUCCGUGGAGAAGUGUCGUCAGGACGACGGUCUUAUAUAUCUUUAGUUUGGCAUUCAGCUGGAGGCCGUGCGAUUCCAUACAGAUUCCGCAGCCAACCGAAGACUUGGCUGGCUUUGGAGAUUAGAUGGGCCACUUCGUCCUAGAUUCUUAUGCAGCGAGGCAUUGUACUGCCUAGGAAGUUUAAGUUAUCCACUGGCUUGAGUUCAUUUCCGUUGACGCGGAUGUGGGAGACACUGCAUUCAACAGCCGAUGGCACCAGAUACAUGACCACCGUUUUGUCUGUAUUGAUGGUCAUCAUCUCGUCGAUUGAUAAAGAAGAACUUCUGCAGGACGCUCCACGGUCCUUCUCGAUUCACUGUUUCGAAGGUUUUCGUCGGAUCCACGAAGAUGGUGUGGGGGUAGGUCGGUGUCUCCUGGCACUUCUCUUGAAGCUGCCGAGUGAUAAAGUUCAUAUCAAUGCUGCGCGGUUUCUCCGGAAACCGUACUGUCUUUCGCGCAGAAAUCCUUGAUCUAAGUGGCCGUUGAGACGAUUAAGGAGAAUGUGAGCGGAGAUAUUCCCGACGAUUUUGAGUGGUGAGAUGCCCCUGUGAUUGCCAGAGUAGCCCGUUCUCCUUGCGCCUGUGCAGAUGGACGAUGUUUGCGUCCUUGAAAUCCCGAGAAACCUGUCCGCAGUAAAACGUCUACUUAAAUAACACCACCAGCUGGUCCAUUAGGCGGUGGCCGCCGUGCUUGUAGAUUUCAGCUGGGCUCGCAUCGGAGUCGGCUCGAAUGGUUUCUGUGGGAGAGGGCGGGAGGUCCGAGUUGGUGUUGGUUUUCACUUGAGGGAGCCGGUCCGUGGCGGCGUCGAAUAUUCCGGAUGGACGGUUGAUAACGCUUCGGAACUGCUCGUCCUAACGCUUCAGAACCUGCGACUUCGACGAAAGCGUUGAUCCAUCGGAGCUGAGAAGCGGUGAAGUUUCUUUGGUUGGGAGGCCGUAGACCGCCUUGAUCACAUCAAAGAAUUUUCGGAUUAAUUGUGGUCAGCAUAGCCCUGGAUUUCCUCGGUCUCGUGAGCCAUCCGGGCGUCCUGUAUUUCUCGUAACCUCUGUUGCCCGAAGGCGGCGACAUUGGUAGAAGGCCGCUUUGCUCGUACCAGUUGGGCGGUCGAGAUAGACUCCGUUCAGUCUGUUCUUCUCGGCUAGCAGGUAACUGACGGCUGCGUCAUUGUCGACGAGCCAGUCCUAGCGCGGAAAACGUGCUCGGUCGAGGACAGCCAGGGUGGUCGAAUGAACUGUGCCCCGUAGUCGGUACGACAUGCCGGUAAAAGCAGUAGACUGAACGGAAUGCCAGAAACCCUAUUACGGUACUACAAUCUUAUUUUGUUCAGAAAGACGGCAAGAGUAGCUCUUUGCAUGUGCCAAAUACCCGCGCGAUUGAAUGUUUCAAAAUACAUUUGCAAGUUUUACAGAAAAUUACCCGUAACGCAUUUUAUGUCUAAUUAACGUCUAUACGUGCCCUGAAUGGGGAGGCCAUUAAGCCUAGGCGACUGUGAAAUUCAAUAUUUAUGUAAAAAUUUAUUCGACCGAAGGUUGCUCUUGUCGUUGUUGUUGAUGCAGUUCUCGUUGGUGAAAAAAUGGCAAUCUUUGAUUUAUACGGUAGGAAGUUCUAGGAAGCCAGACCACGUGCUGCCCCCAUCUUGCAAAAAGUUCUAUAAAGCGCGCCCCUUUAGGGACGCGUGCGCCGAACUUUUCCAUAUUUAUACGCCAGGCACUUAGUCGCAAUUUGGCUUCUCGUGAAAAGUAUACAUAUAAUAAAUUAAUAUGAUCCCAAAUUAAGCAAAAUAGUCUUGACCUAAGUUUGCUUAACCUUCCCUCCCUUGACCUGCCCUCGACCAAUCAACAAUGGCGGACUCAACCUUGACGCCUUCGGCCCCUGGAGAAGCUAAAAAUACGGCUGAGGAUUAACCUCCGUGGAACCCGUGGCCGGUCGCCGUCCUUCGUACGAGAAACCCCUGUUGCCUUCUGCGCUGCAUCCCACUGCUCUCCACCGUUCCUGCGCACAAUCGCCCCAGAUUCAGUUUAUUUUUGUAAUUAGGACUCCUCCCUUAGUUUCUUUGUGUACAUAGGUCUUUCAGUAAAAUAGCGACUAGUCACUCUUAGCCUGUUGGGCCUCGUUGACUAUAUACUCGCGCUAGACGGGAGCGUUACAAUACCCUGCAUGUGUGUGCUCCUCACUUCCUAUUAGAAGCUAAUAUGAGCCUUUGCUCACUAAGGCGCUUCAGGGUUUAUGCAGAUUAACUGUGUAAAAAAUCUCAAUACAGAUUGAGCGUUUGCAAUUUUUUUUAAAAAUAACCAUGGAAACUUGUACAUUUUACUCCGCGGGCUUCCAAUUCUUGAGGGGAAUUUUGUAACGCGAUCCCCGCGAUCGAGGACUGAUUACUAUGUUUCAUAUUUAACUCUAGUAGGAUAGUAGAUAACAACGCUUCUAAAUGUCAUUCAGUAUCCAAAUGUACUUUCGGUUCAUGACGCUACGCGUUCGGGCAUGAUUGUAGCCUAUUAACAAUCUUUCGGCAUUGCACAGUUCAAACGUGUGACGCGUUACACAGGCUUCAGCGUGAAUUUACUCGAACCAAGCGCUGUCCGUGCGCGUACCUUACCUCGCACUGGAUAUUGGACCAAACAGCCAGCUCACUGAGUAACAUACACCAGAAGUGGGUUUGGUGCAGAGUAACGCAUAGAAAGUCGCUGACAGACGGCAUAAUCAAAGUUUUGCCUUCCUAGAGGAACGACAUUUUGACUGCCGCAAACAACCAGGUUCGCUACUGACCCAUGAUGUAGGCGGAGCCGUGAACUACGCGUAAAACUGCUUGCAAUGCAGCGGACUUCUAAAACAUCAAUCUCAUUAGCCUCCUCAUCUCUCGUAGCGACGUAAAAGAUGUUUUGUUUUAGUGUGCUAGAAUACGCCAGUGAACUUCGAUAAGAUUUUCAAUGACGUCAAGCCGCAUUCUCGCGGCCAAUUUGAUUCUUCCCAUUGACUGGCGUUUACAGCCUAUGGGUAUAAAUCUUUUGCGUCCACGAAUAGACCAAGUUUAAUUACCGCAUUGUCACGCACCAGGAGCUCGGUAGAAAUCUGUCACGCGACUGAUGGUAGGCCAUAAGAGCUUCCGUCUGAAUGAGUCACCUGUUGAUUCCUCACUUUAAACGAACAGGCUUCAGGGGUGUAGGGGUGUCAGCGGUGGGUUCACGUAAUGGUCGUGGUGGUCGCUCAGUUGCUUGCAGGUGAGACUGCGCCUAGCGUCCACUUGCUGGCACUCAACUCUCACCUGUGGCUCCACGUAGCUGGACUCUGCUCAGCGGCCACACCCCGGGCAACCGUCUCGACCGGCGGGCUAAACCAGGUGAGGGGGCCCUGUGUGCUGUGCCGUGUGCACAGGGUUUGCGGACUCCGCUGGAUGGAAGGUCGGAUGGAACCUUGCGUCGGCACCGUCGUGACGUGGUUCGUCUCUGCACGUCGCUUGACAGCCGGUGACGGGAUGGAUCUCCACAUCGGCAUCGCCUUGACGCGCCCACCUACGCCGUCGGAGACCGCGGCUUACGGCGAAUUCGAGUCGCUCUCCACUACAAGCAUAAAAGUCGUGGCCCCAGAGUGGAGUUCGGCCGUGCCACAACGGCACAUGGCAGCCCUAUUCAGGGAUGGCACUGCCAGCCCCCACGAGGGGAAGGGCCUAGAAAAGGUGGCCUAAAAAUUGCUGGGUACCACGCCGUCUCCAGGCUAGCCAGGGCCGCAGACGUCUUAUCAUGGUCGAAACAAUCAAAAUCGAAACAACAACAAUACCAAUAACAACAACCAUACUCAUUCUCCUCAUCCUACCUCUUCUUCCUCUUCCUCUGCCUAUUCUUCUCCUUAGUCACCUUCUUCUCCAUCUCCUUCCCGUCGCCCCACUCGUUGUCAGCAGACUGGCAGAGUGAGCCCGCUCACUCUGGCAGCCUGGAAUGUUCGUUCCCUUUUAGACAAUCCGAGGAGCAACCAACCGGAACGGAGGACGGCGCUAGUGGCACGAGAACUGGCGCGCUACAAGGUGGACAUCGCCGCACUCAGCGAGACCCGAUUCUCCGAACACGCCCAACUGGAGGAGGUGGGUGCCGGCUACACCUUCUUCUGGAGCGGUCGACCCAGGGCAGAGCGACGGGACGCGGGUGUCGCCUUCGCCAUCCGGAACGACAUCGUGGGACGACUGCCCUGUUUGCCGCAGGGCAUCAACGAUCGCCUGAUGAGCCUCCGCCUGCCUCUCUGGGGAGGCAAAUUCGCCACCAUUAUCAGCGCCUACGCUCCGACGAUGACCAACCCCGACACCGACAGAGACAAAUUCUACGAGGACCUGCACGCCCUUUUGGCGACUGUGUCGAAGGCGGACAAGUUGAUUGUCCUUGGUGACUUCAACGCCCGCGUCGGCACAGACCAUACUGCCUGGAGAGGAGUGCUGGGUCCCCACAGUCUCCGCGGCUCAAACGAAAAUGGUCUGCUGCUUCUCCGCACCUGCGCAGAACACUGCCUCAUCCUGACGUACACGUUCUUCUGUCUGCCGGAGCGAGAGAAGGCCACCUGGAGGCAUCCUCGGUCGCGCCAGUGGCACCUGCUGGACUAUGUCCUCGUCCGGAGGCGAAAUCAGCGGGACGUGCUGGUGACGAAGGCGAUCGCGGGUGCUGACGGGUGGACCGACCAUCGCCUCGUCAUCUCGAAGAUGCGUAUUCGCCUACAGCCUCGCAGGAGACCUCAAGGUAAGCGACCCCCAGGUAAGCUGAAUGUUGCCUUGUUGUCUUUGCCCGCUCACCAUCUUCAUUUCAGCAAUGAGCUAGCUCAAAGGCUAGACAACUUUCCUAUCGCUGCCGACGCCGCCGCUGCCGAGAACGCCUCCGUGGAGAACCGCCGGUGUCAACUGCGAGACGCGGUCCAGUCGACGGCGGUCGCCGUCCUCGUUCGCGCUCCCCGCCAACACCAGAACUGGUUCGACGACAACGACGCCGCCAUCAGAAACCUGCUUGCUGAGAAGAACCGCCUACACAAAACCUACGUAGAUCACCCCUCUGAUGCCACCAAAGCUGCCUUCUACCGCAGUCGCCGCCACCUUCAGCAACGACUGCGCGAGAUGCCGGACGCCUGGACUGCUAGCAAAGCUGAGGAGAUCCAAGUGUACGCGGACCGCAACGAAUGGAAGAACUUCUUCUCUGCGAUCAAAGCUGUCUACGGUUCGCCGACAAAGGGCACUUCUCCUCUCCUCAGCGCCGACGGCAGCACUCUCCUGACUGAGAAGACGCAAAUCCUGCAGCGAUGGGCCGAGCAUUUCCGAGGCGUCCUCAACCGCCCCUCCGUCAUCUCCGACGCCGCCAUCGAGCGUUUGCCGCAAGUGGAGACCAACGCGGACCUCGACCUCCCGCCAUCUCUCCAGGAAACCAUCAGGGCCGUGCAGCAGCUCUCCAGCGGGAAAGCACCCGGAUCUGACGCGAUCCCUGCUGAGGUCUACAAGCACAGAGGUCCCCAACUGAUGGAUCACCUGACUGCGCUCUUCCAAGAGAUGUGGCGUCAAGGUGAAGUCCCGCAAGAUUUCAAGGACGCAACAAUCGUGCAUCUCUACAAGCGCAAAGGGAAUCGCCAAGUCUGCAACAAUCCCCGUGGCAUCUCCCUGUUGAACAUCGCCGGGAAGAUCUUCGUACGAAUCCUCCUCAACCGCCUCAAUAACCAUCUGGAACAGGGCCUUCUGCCGGAAAGCCAAUGCGGCUUCCGUCGCCAUCGUGGGACCACGAAUAUGAUCUUCGCAGCCCGUCAGCUUCAGGAGAAGUGUCAGGAGAUGCGGACCCACCUGUACUCUACCUUCGUGGACCUGACGAAAGCCUUCGACACGGUGAAUCGUGAAGGACUGUGA